CAAAUGUAUAUUUUUGUCCUUAAAAAACUCACUGGCUGCGAACACAAACUUCCCUCGUUUGCCUCUCUCUGAUUCUGCAAUUAGCUUGUGUUGUCUAUGAAAAGCUCCAUUUUUGGUCUCUUCCAAUUAGUCAAGGAGAUCGACUGCUGAAAAAAGGCUGUGGCAAUCUGAAUAAUUAUUCAGGAAGAGGAGUUGUUCAUACCCAUUUGUAGCCGAGACUCAAAAGGCAUGUCGUCAGAAUUUCCACUGGAGAUCAUCUUUGAAAUACUUAUACGACUUUCUGUGAAGCCUCUUCUUCGUUUCAGAUGCGUAUCUAAGUCAUGGUGUGCCAUUAUUGACAGCCCACUUUUCAUUAAUGGGCAUGUUAAACGAUCGAUUGAAACCAAUACCAACCAUCAGCUCAUCCUUGAGGAAUGGGAUUUUGGAACCAGAGGCUGUCCAUCUAAUUUGUACUCAGCGAGUAUUGAUGAGGGACUUGGUAUAUCCCUUAAAGGUAUGGGUAAACCGCUAAUGCACCAAUCUGGAGGUUUGUUCUCUAAUUCUUGCAAUGGGUUGAUUUUAAUGUAUGAUGCCUAUGAAGUUGUUGCUAUAUGGAAUCCGUUUACUAGAAGGUGUCGUAAGAUACCCACUGAACCAUUUGAGACCCCUAAUAGAGAAUUAUGCCCCGACUGGCCAUCCACAUUUGGUUUUGGGUACGACAACAUUCAUGAUGACUACAAAGCUGUAAGAAUCAUGGGAUUUCAUCCAAAAGAUUCUUUGCGGGCCCAUGAAGUGAAGGUGUACAGUUUGAGAACAAAUACUUGGAAAAGGGUCCAAGAUUUCCCUUACCUUGGAUAUAUAUUUCGUCAAGAUUAUGGAGCAUUUGCGAGUGGUGCUUCUCACUGGUUGCUAUUUAGAAUUAGACCCACGGACAAUUUUGAUUAUAUGGAUACUAAUUUAAUAGCUGCCUUUGAUUAUGUGAAGGAGGAGUUUCAAGUUCUGCCACAGCCAGAAUAUACUGAAGUGUUCGGCCAUAAUUGCCUUGUAGCCCUUCAAGGAUGUUUAUGCAUGUUAUCAAUUAAUCAGUCGAUGGAUGCAACUCAGGUUACGAUGUACAUGAUGAAGAACUAUGGGAUGAGAGGUUCUUGGAACAAGUCGCAUAUUUUUACACAAGCCAAUAUUCCUUCUGGUUUUUUGUGCGCCAGGCCUUUAGUAUAUUCAAUGAGGGGUGAUAAAAUGCUCAUAGAGGUGGGCUGCACUGAGGGAUGGGAGGAGUGCCGUAUGGGUCUUGUUUGGUAUAACUUGCAAGAGAAAAAAGGUUCAAAAGUCGAGAUCUGCAAUAAACAUCCUAGAUUCACUGCAUUGGUUUGUUUGGAAAGCCUUGUUAGCCUUGGUGAAGAUGACCACUUUGACGGAGCUCAUGAGAUCUGUCAGUGAUGCUGCUGCUGCUGCUUGCAGCGAGGAUGAAGAAGAAAUGCGUGGUGGAGACAAACUUUGACAUAGGUCGUGAAUUGAAUUGCAUGAAUAUAGGUAAAACAUCCAAGUUCAGUGGAUGAUUAUGCUCUGGUUUUUUCGUUAGUUUAGCUGCAAAUGUUAUCUAUUCAUAUAAUUAGCUUGUACGGCUUUUCUUGCCAAGAAAACUAGAACAUGCUGAUGCUGGGAAGAUCUGUCUGGUAGUAUAUUGAUGAAAUAUUCCAUAAAGUUCGCUGUGUCCAUCAAGUAAUCAAGUUUUUGGUGCUGUGAGACAGACUACUACUACUACUACUACUACUUUCUUGAUAAUUUCUU